AUGGGCGAAGAAGUAGCCAAGAACUUGCUAAAAGAAAUGAUUUCUAAUUUCAUUACCCAAGAUAAAAAUUAUCCACAAGGACUAAACUUAAAAAACCAAGCCAAGUUUAUCGGCUCAGUGUUUGGUGAAAGGUUAGAAGCUGGUAAAAAGGAUGAAGUAGCCAAAGAAACCCGCACAGUCUUAAAUGGUUUAGUGGAAGCCAAAGUUAAUGAAGCCUCAGCCAAAGAUUAUGAUGAAACUAAUAAAAGAAGUAAAAAUCCUAACACUAUUAAGAAAUUAGCGGGAUUAUACAAUUUAACCAAUGCUAAAAUUGAUUACCAAAAGAUGAAAAAUACCCAAGCCCAUUUAGCCCAAAUCGGCAACUCGCAAACUUUCCGCAAAGAGAUUGAAGCGACUGAAAAACUAUCUAAAACAGAAGGAAUUGAAGCCUAUUGGAAACUCCAGGACAAACUCAGCAGAGAACUAGCUAAUAAACUAAUCGAUUAUAAAGGUAGCAGUGAAGCCACUGCCUUCUGUUUAAGAUUAGCCGAUAUUUUAAACGGCAUAGAAACUCCGGAAGAAAAAAAAUUAGCCGAGGAAGCCAUUGCUGAAGAUGCUAUGGAUAGUUAUUAUAAUUUGCUGAAAGAGUUUAGAAAGAACUACGAUGAAUUAGUAACCCUUAAAGGCACACAAUUAAAAACCUUGUUUCAAGGUAAUGAAACUCAAUUUAUCGAAACUCUUAAUGAAGUAUUUGCUGAAGAGUGA